GUUGAUGCAUUAACGCCUGUUAAAAUAGCUACUCUAGCUCUUCAAAAGCAGGACAUCAACCUCGGUGACUUCUAUGGAGUAUGGCUUAAAGCAUCCCAUGGUCUCCAGUCUAACGGUUCAAUUUUAGCUAAACAAAUUUUGAAAUCAAUGAAACAGCGUGAGGUGCUAUUAUUAAAAAAUCCAGUAUUUUUGGCAGCAAUUUUCCUUGAUCCACGGUAUCAAUGCAUGUUAAAUGAAUCUGACAAAAAUACUGGAAUUGAUCAUUUAGUUAAAACAUGGAAGUGUAUGAUUCAGAUACAAGAUGAUGUUUAUCAAACUGAUGAUGUCAAUAAUUCAGCUACAGCCAGUAAUAAUGUUGAUUCUCCUGAUAACACUACAGAAACAACUGAUGAUGGAUUUGAAUUGUUUUUGUCAUCACAAUCAUCUGUUUCGAGUAAUCGGAGUGACACAAAUAUCUCAAAUGAUAUAUCCAUUAGCUUGCAUAAUUUUAAAGAUGUCGAGCGUCUACAUUAUAAAACAAACAUACUUACAUUUUGGGAAUCCCAAAAACAUGAAAAGUCUGAUCUUUAUAAGUUAGCAAAUGUUGUUCUUGCUGUACCCGCUACUCAGGUUAGUGUUGAACGGAGUUUUAGUAGUGGAAUAAAGUUCAUAUUAUCUGAUCUACGUACAUCCUUAUCAGCCAAUUUAUUAGAUGCUAUAAUGAUUGUACGCUCAAACACAAAAUUUAUGAAAUAA